ACAAGACUAUUAUAGUUUGGCAGUUGACUCGAGAUGAAACCAAUUAUGGAUUACCGCGUAAAGCUCUAACUGGGCAUAAUCAUUUUGUGCAAGAUGUGGUGAUCUCUUCUGACGGACAAUUCGCUUUAUCUGCAUCUUGGGAUAAGACACUCCGUUUAUGGGAUUUAAACACUGGAACUACCACGCGUCGAUUUGUUGGUCACGAGAAGGAUGUACUUUCAGUAUCUUUUUCGCCUGAUAAUCGGCAAAUCGUGUCCGGAUCAAGAGACAAAACUAUUAAAUUAUGGAAUACUUUGGGAGAGUGUAAAUUCAAUAUUCAGGAAGAGGGGCAUUCUGAGUGGGUUUCUUGUGUGAGAUUUUCACCGAAUCCAUCCAAUCCUGUUAUCGUCUCUUGUGGUUGGGAUAAACUUGUCAAGGUUUGGGAAUUGACAAAAUGCAAACUUAGAACCAACCAUAUUGGACAUUCAGGAUAUAUCAAUACAGUUACUAUUUCUCCGGACGGUUCGUUAUGUGCUUCUGGGGGCAAGGACAGUAUUACUAUGUUGUGGGAUCUUAACGAGGGGAAACAUUUAUACUCCUUGGAAGCUGGUGAUAUUAUCAAUGCACUAGUGUUUAGUCCAAAUCGUUAUUGGCUUUGCGCUGCCACCUCUUCUUAUAUCAGAAUUUGGGACCUUGAGACAAAAAUUGUGGUGGAUGAUUUACAGGCAGCUUAUGAGAAUCAAAGGGACAAUAAAAAGGAUCAACAUCAGUGCAUCUCACUUGCAUGGUCUCCUGAUGGUACUACUUUGUUUGCUGGUUAUACUG